AUGGAUUCAAGUGCCCUAAGGUCAUAUCCACGCCACCACAGGCAUACAAUAAAGGCGUCCAAUGAAACAACUCUCGAAGAGUCUGAUUCGGCAACGGAUUCCACUUCCCGAAGACACCAAUUCCCUUACCACCACGGGUAUACAAACGCAUCUAAUGCAACAUUCAUACAAGAAUUCGACUCGCCAAUGAAUUCCUCAGCUCGACGACAUCAAUUUCCUCACCACCACAGACACGCAAACGCUUCCGCGGAGAGCCUACUUGAUGAAUCGGACGAGGAAACGAAUUCAACUGCUCGAAGACACCAAUUCCCUCGACAUCACAGGCACUUUAGGGCAUCCAUGGAGACCCUCGAUGAUUCCGAAGAGAAUUAUUCCACAAGACAGCAUGUUAAUGCAUCCACUGACGACUCGGAUUCGGUGAUCGCAGAACGAAGGCACAUAUUCUCGAGAAAUCGCAGGGAUGUGAACGCCACCGUGGAAGCUUUCGAAGACGAGCCUGAUUCUGGAACCAAUUCCACAUCUUCCGACACCUUCAAAUAUGUCAACAAAAGGUCCAUGAAUGAAACAUUGGAUGAAGAAGUGUAGAAACAUUUAUGUAAAGAUUUUUUCGGAAAGUCAAGUAAUAGUAUCCAGUUUUAAUGACGUAAUUAUUUCAGAUUAUAAAUGACGUAAUAAUAUUCGAUUGGAAAAGUUAUGUAUGUUUUGAUCAUAAUAAUCACUAUUGUAAUUGAUAUGUACUUGUGUAAGGUAAUGUUCUUAUUCUGGAAAAUAUACCAUUGUGUAAAUGCUUGAAAUAAAAUUAUUUGCUCGUUUGCAUAUUUGUUUGUAGAAUACACAAACAUACAUCGAUGAAAAUUGCUAAUCUCUCUGUGUCACCAACUACGGGGUGGUUUUCUUCGUGUAUUCCAGUUUCUUCGUGCCGUACAGAGGCGUAUAGCCAGCCCCAAACGAGCGCGCGUACUGAAUUUUUUUUACAUUUUCUAACGAGCACUGGCUGCCAAAAUAACCAUGGGGCUAUAAAAUCUGGCAGUCAGUCUAUUUCAACAAGUCAAUCUUUUCAAAGACAACUUCACAACAAAGACAAACGACAACAAACAAAAUUAAUGAAUAAUAAAGCCUGGAUAAAUUUGCAACAUAGAACUGAUUGAGCUAUCCAGUAUCGAUAAUAUUAGUUUAGUUCAGAUUUUCUCCUGUAGUAACACUGGAUGAGUAUAAAUAAAGUAAGCUAAAGCUUAAUUUAGUUUAACUAUUUUUUUCAUCUAGUACACAACGUCAGCAUUGAAUAUGUAGGUUCUGCCUGUCCCGAGAAACCAUCAUAUACCACUGAUGUAGUUGUCACGAUGUAAGUAAAUUUUGUUAAAUCGUUAAUAAUUCAUGAAGAAAAUUCAAAAGAAAUCAAUAUUUAAUGAGGUGUUGAAUCCACAUAUACAAAAUUCUUCUGAUUUCUAUAAACUUUUUUCUUUUAGCUUCGGGAUGAAUAGAUGAGUUUUUUGUAUAAUAAUAAUUUAUUCAAAUGCAUGACCUAAUUACAGGUAUUGAUGUAUAGAUGGAAUUUUUGAUAUACAUUUUUAGAGCAGUUGCGAAAAAUGCAACUACUAGGCCCGAGGAGGCAGGAGUCGAACCUGCGACCCUGCGAUUCCGGUACAGCGCUCUAACCAACUGAGCUACAGAGGCCACUACUUUAUAUUUUCUGUGGUUGUUCAUCAUCUGUGGCACGUUGCUGCUAAAUGAAAUCCACCUUUUUCUAUUCCCAAUUCUAUAGAGUUUUUUGUGGUUUUCUACUAUUGCUUUGUCUUCUGGGUACCACGGUCGACGUGUUCGAAUGGCAUUCUAUUUUGAAAUCUCCAAAUGAGUCAAGUUCUAUCAACGAUGAUCAAACGACUAUUCGUGAUGAAGAAAUACCAUUUCAAGCAUCACUACAACCGUAUGAUAAGAGCACAACCGAUAUGAGUGCACCACUUGUAUCAGAACAUGCGAGGGUGCCUAGUGUAUCGAGUAGAAUCCCUGCAGGUAGGUAGCACCAUUUAUAAGGAAACAACAACAACAACAACAACAACAACAACAACAACAACAACAACAACAACAACAACAACAACAACAACAACAACAACAACAAAAACCAACAAAAAACAAUCCACUCAAUGUUUAAAAGCAACGUUAGGAAGAGAGGCAAACAAUGUGUCAUUCUGAGUAUAAAAAACUAAUAUCCGUCGAUGAAGUCAAUCAUCAUGCCUAUAUAUACACUCUUUAAAGUUUUCGUUUUUCAGGGGUUUUCGUGGAUUUUCUUCGCUGCUUCUCACUGGUCCGAAAUGCAACAAAGAUCUUCAGUACAAACGUCCCACCGAAAGUGAUCACGUCUAUCAACGGUUUGCGUGUCAUUAGCAUGUUCUGGAUUAUCCUAGGACACACGUUCCUAUUCAUGUUGACCAGCGGUGUACUAGGUGAGUAAAAUUGGUUAUAAAUCCAUGUCUCGCUGUUUUAUGAAUGCUGAGCCCUAUCCUUACCCUGACUCGAACCCUAACGCAGAUACAAGUAAUUUGUCUUUGAUGGUUAUACUUAAUGGAUAUUUCAGUGUUGACACCUUCUUUUUCUUGAGGUAGAAAAACAUAAUAUUUACGAUUCUCAUGAAUGUUGCAUGUGUUUACAAUGUUGCUACCCAUUUCAAAACUUUAGAUAACUCACAUGCCUAGAUAUAUUGUUUUAGUUUACAGAAACAUAGAAUAACAAAGGGAACUAAACAUUAGAAUUAUGUAUUAGAGUUCUUCACUCAUGAAGAUGCUAGGACAAUAUAGUAACGAGGCACACAUGAGUAAAGGCUGAUUUCCAUGCACUGUACACGCACGUAAAACUUGGAAUCCUUCUAUUUUUUAAAUAUUUUACAAAUAAGUUAACAAAUGCAUACUAAAACUUGCGAAACACUAAAUUCUGUUGCUUUAUUUAUUUGGUUAUUUCAUAAGUAACAUUUAAACGGAUUUAAAGUUUUACGUGCGUAUACGUACGUAUGAAAAACGCAACAGUGGAAAUCAGCCUUUAGCCAAGUUUUGAAUUGGGUAUAAACAAACAUUAGGCAAUUUUGUCUACUCACUGUAAAAAAGGGUUUGUGUUGGACAUGCACAUUUCUGUUUCGUUUUAGUGGGCUUCUUCUGGCGUAUACUUGUUUUAGAAAGUUGGAGAAAAGUGAAGGGAAAUUCAACUGGUUCCUUUUCUAUUUUCAUCGAUAUGUCAGGUGGGUUGUUGCACGUCGUGUAUCAUUCCAAAAGAUCUAGUCGACCUCGAAAAAAUCUCUAAAGAUAUCCGUGAAAUUGCCUAAAAAUUAGCUAUGAGGGUUCAACAUUGAGGCUGGGGGCAACAUCCUUCCACCACACCAGCACAGAAUACUAUACAGAAGUCCAUCUCCAUUGUUUUUGCGUAAGCGUUUUUCGUCAUGAUUCGUCACUCAGAUAGUACCGUAAACAGAAGCAGUCACCCCCCUGGACGUGCGCCAUUUUUAGUAUUUCCAAGGGGGGACUGCUUUUGUUUACGGUAUUUCCUGAGUGACGAAUCAUGACGCUAAAAACAAUGGAGAUGGACUUCUGUGUAGUAUUCUGUGACACCAGUCAAUAUCAAAAGAGGUCCUUUUAAUAUAUGCAUUUGCUGUAGGAUAGUGAAACCUGCCUUCUUGUAUAAUGAAAAAUGUUUCCAAAUUUUCUAUUUAAUUUAUCUUUCAGACUGACUCCGUCACUUAUGUUUGUGAUCUUGUUUUACGUGAAACUCAAACCUUUCCUUGCUUUCUCACCGUUAUGGACGUUACAGAAGGACGAGCAUUGUUCGAAAUACUGGUGGACCAACUUAAUAUACAUCAAUAAUUUUUAUCCAACUCGUUUUACGGAUGAGGUAAUUUGUCUGUGCUGCUUACAGGGAAGUCUACAGGACUUGUUUAAAGUUUGUUUUCAUGACGAUAGCGGCCUUAUCAUGGUUGAUGUUGGAGACUGGGGUGGGGAUGUGGAUGUGGUGGUGGAGGUGGGGGAAUGAAAAUGCGGGAUAUUCUCUAUUUUACCAUAUAGUGUGUUGGCUGGACUUGGUAUUUGGCAAACGAUAUGCAGUUUUAUAUAUUUCGCCUCUUGUGUUGAUCUUAGCGUACAGGUUUGGAAAUUCAUUUUUUGUGUUACAGAGAGUCAGGGUUUUUCAGGAUUUUUGGCCGACACUGGACCAAGACAGAAAAAGUGUUUUAUGGAAUAUUUUCAAAACCUGCGUGGAGCGUGGCACUAGCAUGGGAUUCGACAGCUAAAAGCCUGAUCUUUAUUCGUAAGGAAAAACUAAAUGGAUAAACGUAAUAUAUAAUGCACGAUACUCGAUAAUAUGCGAAUGUCGCCGGGAUUACCAUUUUUGUGAUACGCCCUAUAAAUAUUAGUUUGUUUGAUGAUAUGGUCUUACGGUUACAGCUUAACAGCUGGCCUCUGUAGCUCAGUUGGUUAGAGCGCUGCACCGGAAUCGCAGGGCCGUAGGUUCAAUUCCUACCAGAGGACCUUGUGCUGCAUUUUUCGCAGUCGUUCCUGGUUAUAGGUCUUAAAAUGUGUAUAUUCUCACUUGGAUUCCAAACCCUAACAUUCUAAUAUAAUACACAUUUUUUCUUUCAUUUCCUAGACAUUUAACUUCAUAACAGCUGUGGUCCUAUCCUAUGCCUGUGCUUUUAUUCUUGCUGUCGUGAUCGAGUUCCCAUGCGACAACCUGGAAAAUUUUGCCGUAAAUUCAUUUGGGAAAAAGAAACGUGCAAACUAA